GUUUAAAAUGGACUAUGUUUUGUUAAAUGUCGAAUCCAUUUUGAUUGUUCUAAUAUCGAUAGAGCUCUGAGAAUUGCUAUAUAUUAUAUGCAUGAUCAGGUUGGUAAUGCCGAAACUCUGAAUUGUUACUAUGCUCAUGGCGAGCAGAACCCGACUUUUCAGAGACGUAGCUAUUGGAUGCUGGACCCAGCAUAUGAGCAUAUUGUUCUUGUUCAUUAUAGAGAGACAAAUGAGGCGAAAUCCACUCCGGCAUCCAUCGUGCAGUCACCAGUAUCCUCCUCACUCUUAAGUACAAGUCCGAACUCUUAUACUUCUCAAAAUCCUGGAUCCAACACUCUAGCCCAUGAUCUAGACAAAACAUAUCAGAACUUGUCUAGUCCAGGUUCUGUUGAAGUUAGCUCUGAUAUAGUUACUAGAGAAGCUUUAAAGAGACUUGAGGAGCAGUUAAGUUUGACUGAGGACAGCUUCGAAGAGGUUAGUCCUUUCUGCAGCCUUGGUGGGAAUAGAGAUGAGUCAAAAUUUCUGGAAUAUGGAAGGGAGAUUGCCAAGCCGGACCGACAAGCAGAUCUAUUGUAUGAGCCUGGUGUUGUUGCUCGAGGUAACAUUGGUGAACAUUGUCAAGCAUAUGGCAAAGACAAUUCAGAUGGAAGUCAGGAAUCUCUAUAUUGGAACUGUGUAUUAGACUCAUACACGAAUCAAUCAGGUGUUUACUCCCAGGGAAAGCUUUUAUCUUCUUCAAGGAAAGAACAAGCCGAGCAUCUGGAACAGUCUGGUUGGCUGAAUUUCAAUGCAUCUAACUUCAACGACUCUUCUGUAUUUCAACAUAAAGAAGUUAAAAAUGUUGAAAUCCCUUCGGGUCCUGCUGCAAUACAAGAUCUUGGAACCGUUUCCGAUUUUGAUAAGAUAUUCAACCAAGACAAAAUUGGAAUUCCUCUUGUAACAAGUCCGAGCUCGACUGUUCCACAGAAGCAGAAGUUCACAAUUCAAGAAAUUUCUCCGGAGUGGGGUUAUACCAGUGAGGUUACGAAGGUUAUCAUUGUUGGAUCUUUUCUCUGUGAUCCAUCUGAAUCCACCUGGGCAUGUAUGUUUGGUGAGACUGAAGUUCCUCUUGAGAUCAUUCAGGACGGUGUUAUCUGUUGGAAAGCUCCUCCGCACCUUCCCGGAAAGGUCUCACUCUGCAUCACUAGCGGCAACAGAGAAUCCUGCAGUGAAAUCAGAGAGUUCGAGUAUAGAGUCAAUACUAGUAGAUGCUCUCGGUGUAAUUUACCAAACACAGAAGCUUCUAGAAGUCCAGAAGAGCUAUUGUUACUGGUCAGAUUCAUACAGGUGCUUCUAUCGGAUUCCUCUUUGCAGAAAGACAGCAUCGAGUCAGGAAUACAUCUUCCAAGAAAGUUGAAAGCUGAUGAUGAUUCAUGGAAUAAUGCCAUAGAGGCUCUUCUAAUUGGGAGUGGGACUUCCUCUGGUACCGUUGAUUGGCUUCUGCAAGAGCUUUUAAAGGACAAGUUGCAGCAAUGGUUAGGCUCUAGAUCCAAUGAAACACUUGAUCAGUCAGGCUGCACCAUGUCAAAGCAGGAGCAAGGAAUAAUACACAUGGUUGCUGGAUUGGGCUUUGAGUGGGCCUUAAAUCCAAUUUUAAACAGUGGAAUCAGUAUAAAUUUCCGAGACAUCAAUGGGUGGACUGCGCUCCAUUGGGCUGCUCGAUUUGGAAGAGAAAAAAUGGUUACUGCUCUUAUAGCCUCCGGUGCUUCGUCUGGGGCUGUGACAGAUCCAACCUCACAAGACCUGACUGGCCAAACCGCGGCAUCAAUUGCUGCCUCCAGGGGACAUAAAGGACUUGCAGGUUAUCUUUCAGAGGUAGCUCUGACUAGUCAUCUUUCAUCCCUUACACUUGAAGAAAGUGAGCUUUCCAAAGGAACAGCUACACUUCAGGCUGAAAUGGCUGUGAAUAGCAUCUCAAAGGGGAGCUUUGCCAACAGUGAGGAUCAGCUUUCACUUAAAGAUACCUUGGCUGCUGUCCGAAAUGCAGCUCAGGCCGCUGCACGUAUACAAAAUGCUUUCCGAGCACAUUCUUUCAGGAAACGACAAGAGAAAGAAGUUGCUGCUGCUAGUGUAGAUGACUACGGUAUAUGUUCAGAUGAAAUUGAAGGUCUUCCAAUUAUGUCAAAGCUAGUUUUUCGAAAUUCCCGUGAUUACAAUUCAGCGGCUUUAUCUAUUCAGAAGAAAUUUCGAGGCUGGAAAGGUCGCAAAGAUUUUCUAGCGCUUCGCCGGAAAGUUGUAAAAAUACAGGCUCAUGUGAGAGGUUAUCAAGUCAGGAAGAAUUACGGGGUAAUCUGUUGGGCUGUUGGUGUUCUAGAUAAGGUAGUACUGCGUUGGCGGCGUAAAGGUGUUGGCUUGCGAGGUUUCCACAGUGAACCAGAUCCCAUUGGUGAAAGUGAAGAUGAGGACAUCCUCAAAGUGUUCCGCAAGCAGAAAGUGGAUGGAGCUGUUGACGAGGCCGUUUCACGUGUGCUGUCCAUGGUUGAUUCUCCGGAUGCACGUCAACAAUAUCGCCGGAUGCUUGAAAGAUAUAGUGAAGCUAAGGCUAAACUGUCCAACACAAGUGAACAAGUGGAAUCAACUCCUACAGGUGAUAUUUAUGAUAUGGAAAGUGAUGAUUUCUUCCAGUUCUAG